UUUUUUUAAACAAAUGUAUUUGUUUUUUUAUUUUCGAACUGUGUGCAGCAAUUUAAGUGGCCAAACGUGCGACCGGUAGUGCAAAAAUGAUGUGAGGACGAAUAUAGAAAGAGAUUCGCAAUGUCCGUUCAACAGCAGCAACAAAAUAUACGAUAAAUUAUAAAGCGGACACAUACACGCGCACGCAGACACACACACACACACAGAUACAUUUCCACAUGCAUCAACAAAAAGAACAACAACAACAUGGCGCGGUGCUGCCAACCUGCGCCAGUUGCCUCUGCCCGCUGCUGGCGCACAAUCAAAAUGAUGAGCCAAUAGUGAUGGCACUGGACCAGCAAUGGCACUGCGACUGCUUUCGCUGUUCGGUGUGCGAUGCCCAUCUGCACAGUUGGUAUUUUGAGCGGGAGAAUUUGCUGUAUUGCCGUGAGGAUUACUAUGCCCGUUUCGGUGAUGCCUGCCAGCAGUGUACGGCCGUAAUAACGGGGCCCGUGAUGGUUGCCGGCGAGCAUAAAUUUCAUCCGGAAUGCUUUUGCUGUGCCGCCUGCGGCUCCUUCAUUGGCGAGGGUGAAUCCUAUGCCCUUGUCGAACGCUCCAAGCUGUAUUGCGGCCAGUGUUACGGCAAACGGCUGCCCGUCGAUGCCCGGGCCCGCAUUACCAAUGCCGGCAAACCGAUGCAUUCCAUACGGCUCGUCGAGAUACCCAAGGAUGCGACGCCGGGUCUGCGUGUCGACGGCGGCGCUUUGGACGACGGUUGUCCCACGGUGCGGAUAACCGACUUAAUUUGUAAAUUCUAUGGUCGCAUGGGCAAAUACGCCUUCUCCCUGCUUACCUCGGUGGCGGAUCGUUGUUGUGCUUCAUAUAGGAUCGAUGUAAAUCUCACGAAUCUGCACAUCGGCGACCGCAUCCUGGAGGUCAAUGGCACCCCAGUGAGCAACUCAUCCGUGGAGCAGAUCGACAAGCUGAUACGCAGCAAUGAGAAGAUGCUGCAGCUGACCGUCGAGCAUGAUCCGGUGCAGGUCUGUCGCAGCUGCAGCCAGGCGGAUAUACAGCGUGCCAGUUCGGCAUCCACGCUGAUCCUUCCACUCAGCACAUCCGCUUCAAGCGUGGAGGUCGGCGGACGUGGACGCGAGCGACUCUACAAAGCGGCUGCGGCUGCCGCCGAACCCAGCGGCAAGAUGCGCAAAAUGCGACAACAAACGCUGCAAACCGUGCAGCAACAGCAGCAGCAACAACAACAGAUGCAACAGCAACAACAACAAGAACCUCCUCCUGCCCCAUCCUCUCAGCUGAAGGAGAAGGAGCGCUGCUCGAGUCUGUCCAAGCUGCUGGAUGAACAGCAUACGGCCCAACAGCAUUCAGCGCAUCCGCAACUCUAUGAUUUAUCGCGGACGCAAAGCUGUCGCGUUGUCCAGAAACCGCAGCGCAUCUUUCGCGCCACCGAUCUGGUGAUGGGCGAGAAACUGGGCGAGGGCUUCUUUGGCAAGGUGUACAAGGUGACGCAUCGUCUCACCGGUGAAUUGAUGGUGCUGAAGGAGCUGCAUCGUGCCGACGAGGAGGCUCAGCGUAAUUUCAUCAAAGAGGUGGCCGUUUUGCGUCUACUCGAUCAUCGACAUGUGCUCAAGUUCAUUGGUGUCCUCUACAAGGAUAAGAAACUGCAUAUGGUCACCGAAUAUGUGGCUGGCGGCUGCCUAAAGGAGCUCAUCCAUGAUCCAACACAAACGCUCAGUUGGCCGCAACGCAUCUGCCUGGCAAGGGAUAUUGCCUGCGGCAUGAGCUAUCUGCAUUCCAUGAAUAUCAUCCAUCGUGAUCUCAACUCAAUGAAUUGUUUGGUGCGCGAGGAUCAUUCCGUAAUUGUUGCUGAUUUUGGUCUGGCCCGUAGUGUGGACGCACCACGUUUGCCCGGCGCCAAUCACAGUGCCAGCACCAGUGUGAGUCCUGCUCCUGGCGCUGCAGCUGCUGCUGGAAUGGUGGGUGGCGGUGGUGGAUUCGAUGGCCACAAUGCCAUGUCGCCCAGCGGCACAUUGAGGCGCAGCAAGAGUCGACAGCGACGCCAGCGAUACACAGUUGUUGGCAAUCCCUACUGGAUGGCACCCGAAAUGAUGAAGGGCCUCAAGUACGACGAGAAAGUGGAUGUCUUCUCCUUUGGCAUUAUGCUAUGCGAGAUAAUUGGACGCGUCGAGGCCGAUCCGGACUAUAUGCCACGCAACUCGGACUUCAGUUUGAAUCAGCAGGAGUUUCGCGAAAAGUUCUGCGCCCACUGCCCGGAGGCGUUCGUCAAGGUUGCCUUUGUGUGCUGCGAUUUGAAUCCGGAUAUGCGUCCCUGUUUCGAAACGUUGCACAUUUGGCUGGAGGAGUUGCGCCAGCAUCUGGAUGCACAGCAAUCGCCGCCGGCGCGUCUCUUGCAUGAGAUUGAAAACUUUCAGGAUAGCUACAUUAGCUCCGAGGAUGCACUCUCGCCAACCUCACAGCGCAGCCUGGACAAUCUAACGUUGGCGGGAUCAGGAGCGGCAGCAGCAGCAGCAGCUGCCUCACAAUCACAACCCGAAGUCAUUGCGCACGCUUCAGUCGCUCUCGUCGAGGAGAAGGAGAACGUGGAGCUUGUGGAGAGUGUUGUGAUGCGGACGCAUGAUAUACCCAAAUCACCGCAUCUGGGCAAGGAUUUCUCGCCCAGCGGCGAAAGAUUGCGUGACAGCAUGCGCGCCCGUCGACGACAGCGUUUCUUGGGCGGCACACAACAGUCCCAGCAGCAGCAGCAGCAGCAUCAUCAUCAUCAGCAACAGAUACAGCAGGAGCAGCAGCGUGGCGCCACACCAGAGACCACAUCCACGGAUCGGGCGCUCAAGCAGGCGCUGAAAAAAUGUCGUCCGUUUGGCGAAAAGGGUUAUCUGGUUGAUCUGCGUCCUGGCGCCGAACUUCAGUUGCAGGAUGUGCGCGAUUUGAACAACUAUUCGGAUGUGGACUCCAGUUGCGAUACGAGUCUCAACUAUCAUGAGAUAAAUGCGACGCCGACGCCAACGGCAACGCCACCGCCACCGUCAACAACACCACCGCCACUACCAUCAUCGCCAUCAUCACCAUCGGCAACACCACCAUCACCACCAGCUGCACAUCCGCACGAGCAUCGAUUGGCCUUCGAUGAUAUGCGCACACGACUGCAUCAGUGCCGCAGCAAGUUCGAGCAUCUGGAGGAGGCGAAUCGUCGCAAUUUCAGUCAGUCGCAGCACUCGAUGCGCAACUUCUUCAAGACGCCGCCGGUGGCACUCAAAAUGUUUCAGCGGCUCGAGCAUGAGGCGACCCUAAAUGGCGGCAGUGCAGCACCAUGUCGUCGCAGCACACAGCGCAUCAAUCAGACGCCCAUCUUUGGCAGGCGACAGCUGCCUUCGUUGCUGCCCCAACUGCAGCAAGCCGAGUCACUCAAGCAUCUGGCGGCCGUUGCACUGCCUGCAACAGCAGCAGCAACAACAACAGCAGCGACAACUGUUGCAUCCAAGCGCAGCAAAGCAGCAGCAACGAUUGCAAUGGCAAUAUCAACAGCAACAGCACCAAUGACAGCUACUACAACAAGUACAACAACAGCAAUUGCAACUGCAACUGCAACUGAAACAUGCUCGCCACCUGCUGUCUCCGAAUAUUUGCCCAAGAAGCACAAACUGACGCUGCCGCUGCCGCUGCCAUUGCUCUCAAAUGCACAGCGUCCGACCAAUUGCAACAACGGUCGGCAACAGCAUGGCAGCAACAGCAAGUCAAAACCACUGAAAGCAGCAGCAGCAGCAACAACAAUAAACAACAGCAGCAGCAGCAACAAUUGCGUUUCACCCACACGCCACCACAGGCCGGGUUCGCCCAGCAAACAUUUGGCUCAACGGCACACAGCGGCCACUGCCCAGCGACAGCAUCAUCAUCAUCAUCAUCAUCAUAACAACAACAAUAAUAAUAAUAAUAAUGUUUUAUCGUCCGCCCAUCAUCAGCAACAGCAGCAGCAGCUGACGAAGAGCAGUCGGCUCAGCAUACUUAGUCCGGAGAGGGUGCAUCGUUUGGGGGCCCGACUCAGCGAUCAGAAGCAGAAGAUGCGCGAGGAGGCAGUGGCAGCAUCAGCAGCAGUAGCAGCAGCAGCAGCAGCCAGCAGCAAUGGACAUGGACAUGGACAUGGACACAGUCGCCAUGUUGGGUUGGCAGCAACGGGCAACGGUACGGCUGCAUCGGAGCGUAGAAGAAGAGCGCCACCAUCGCCGCCGGUGCGGACGCAUUUCAAUACACGUUGUUAGCUGUUAUACGGCAACUGUUAUACAAAUAAUGUUUGCUGUAACUGUUAGAAGGAGCACCGAUUUGCAACAGUUCAUUCCUCACAAUACGGUCAUGCAACACAUUCCGCAGUCGCAAACAUUCCGAAAAAUACGAAAGAAAAGACAGAAAAAAACAAACAAAUGAAAAAACCAAAACAAAAUGAAAAACCGAAAACGACAAAUUCAACGAAGCUUGACGACAAACAGAAAACCCAAUAACGAAGCGAAACGGCGCUGCCAUCUAGUUAUACGAAAACAGUGGCAACGCAGCGACGGCAGUUGAUCUUCAAAAAAAAAAAAACUGUCCGACUAGAGUAGUAUUAGAAGAAGAAGAAGAAGAUGAAGACGAAGCACUACACAAGAGAGAGAGAAACAGGAUAGCGAUAGUUGAUGGUCUGGUAUAAAGGGAGAAUGCAAAGCAAUGAAAUACACAACAACAAAAUAUGUUGCGAAACUUCCAGCAAUUAACCCAACUGUAAUACAGCUUUUGUAAUAUAGCACAAAGCAAACUGCAGUGGCCAUUUUUCAAUGGCAUCUAACAUAUAAGAUAUAUGCUCAAUUUUUUUUUUUAAAUAACAACUGUUAUACAACUCCGUUUUUUGUUAAAAUACAAUUUUUUUUUUUUAUUUUCGUUUAUAUAUAACAUAUACUUCCCAUUACUUGUAGUAUAUAAUCUAAACCCAAGCUUAAGUGCCUGUAAAUUAGAAAAGGUUGCAAUAUUUACAAAUUGUAUUAAAGGGGAAAAAAACAAAACAAAA